AUGGGAAUCUUUAUUCCGCAUUCAAAGUUGCGGAACUUGAAGGAAUAUAAAUAUCGAGGGGAAGACCGCUCUAUUGUGUCCAAGUAUGUGCUAAAACCGUUCUGGGCCAAGUUUGUCAACGUGUUUCCCCUCUGGAUGGCCCCCAAUGCGGUGACGCUAUCGGGGUUUGGCUUCAUCGUGGCGAACCUCUGCACAGUGUUGUACUACGAUCCGAAGCUUGAGGGAAACAAUCCGCGGUGGACCUACUUUACGUACGCUAUUGGGUUGUUCCUCUAUCAGACGUUUGAUGCGUGCGACGGCGCGCACGCGCGGCGGACUUCGCAGUCCAGUCCGUUGGGUGAGUUAUUUGACCACUGUAUCGACGCGCUCAACACAAGUUUGGGCGUUAUCGUAUUCUGCUCUGUGAUCGGUAGUGGGUACUCGUUGCUCAGCAUGUUGAUCCAAUUUGCGCUACUCUGCAACUUCUACCUCAGUACCUGGGAGCACUACCACACCCACCAGCUCUUUUUGAGCGAGUUCAGUGGCCCGGUGGAGGGUAUAUUGUUGACCUGCAUUUCGUUCAUGUUUACGGGUAUCUGGGGGCCCGAGGCCGUGUGGCAUGUGCCCAUCAAAGAGGUAACUAUCGGGAAGUGGACGCUGAUGGUCGAGUCUCAGCACCUAGUGUUCGUCUUCUGUGGAAUCGGUCUUCUCUACAACCUUGCUGCAUCCCGUAAGAACGUGGUAGACUACUAUACUGAAAAACACGGAGCCUCGAAGGUGACUGACAAGCAGAUCCGGAGUGCAAUGUACGGAGUAUCUCCGUUCUUUGUCUAUUUUGCCUUCCUGUUUGCAGUGGGCUUUUUCGAACCGGCGUUCCUCUCCUUGCCCUUCAUGCUCGAAGCCGGCCUAACGAUCGCCUUUGUCGUGGGGCGUAUUAUCGUCGCACACUUGACCCUGCAGGAUUAUCCAUCAUGCAACGUUCCGAUGUACAUUCCGCUGGCCCAAAUUCUCCUCCGCGUGCUACUCGUAAAUGGUCUCGGAUACGACAAGGGGUCUGCGAUCUUCGCCUUGACUUGGUUCGGUUGCGGGCUAACGCUGGGAAUCCACGCUAUGUUCCUCACAGAAGUGAUCUGUGAGUUCACCCAGUUCUUAGACAUUUACGCCCUCACGAUCAAGCACCCGAAGAUCGCUUGA